ACCUGAGACGAAGCAGGAAACAGUUUGUUGUCCUCCGUCACUGAACAGAGACACACAGACUGAUUCAGCUUCAAUAAAUAACAGACGUCUGAUAAUAAUUCAGUCUUUACAGCCUCUAACAGCAUCAAGCAGAGUGAGACACAACACACUGUGACGCUCACAAACAAGGGAGUCAGCUGGAGACAUCUUAUUUCUUUAUUUGAUCAUUUCAAAUAUGUUAAAACUAUUUAUUUAGCAGUCUGACUCUGAAUUAAGAGUGUGGAUUACAUGUUGCUCGUGUGAUGAUAAUGCAGGACUACAUGUAUGUGGACUGUGAGGUGAAAGAAACAUGAAGAUGAUCUUGAAGAAAAGUGAGUCUGUGAGAACGAAAUCUCAAAAUCUGGUUCUUUUUUUUUAACAUCCGCCGCAGCAUCAUCUCUGAGAAGCUUGUAUCACAUCAUCAGCUGACUGAUGAGAAAAUAAGGAAGAAGAAGAAAAAACAACAUUUUAUCACAAGAAGCACAAACAACAAGUCAGAGAGACGAGAAGAGGCUGACGGUGCAGCUGGAUAUGGAUCACCUGCUGAUGGUGCUGCUGUUGCUGUGGAGCUCAGGACUCCAGGCUGAAGGGCUGUGUGCUGAGUCCUUUGCUGUACUCCCUGUACACCCAUGACUGUGCCACCCGGUACAACUCCAACACCAUCAUGAAGUUCGCAGAUGACACAGUUGUGGUGGGCCUGAUCACUAACAACGACGAACGGGCGUACCUACAGGAGGUGUCAGACCUGACAAUGUGGUGCAAGUACAACAGCCUACUGCUUAAUGGAGAGAAGACCAAGAAGAUGGUGGUGGAUUUCUGCCCACAACGUUGCAGGACCUACACCCCUCUCUUGAUAGACGGGACACCAGUGGAGAGAGUGCUCAGUGUGAAACCUCAGCCAAGGCUGACAUCGUGCUGCUGGUGGACGGCUCCUGGAGCAUCAACCCAGAGUCCUUUCAAGAUGUCCGGUCCUUCAUCACUAACAUAGUCAGCGCCUUUGACGUCGGCCCAGACAGAGUCCAGAUUGAAACCAAAGAGACGUUUAGUUGUGUGGUGUUGUCUACAGCUGACAGCAGCCUGUGUGUGACUGAAUCACCAGCAGUGAACCUGGAUAACCUGUAGUAGCUUCAUUAUUCUCUGGUUCAGUACAGUGACCAUCCAAGGACACAUUGGUACCUGAACACCCACCAGAGCAAAGAGGCCCUGCUGGAAAACGUAUCCAGGAUACAACAGCGAGGUGGAAAUACCUAUACAGGACAUGCUCUGAGCUACACCCUCCAAAACAUCUUUCAACCAAAUGUGGGAAUGCGAGCAGACACUGAAAAUAUUGUUGUCUUAAUCACUGAUGGACAAUCCACUGACGACGUGGAUUCUCCAUCACAAGAACUGAAGGACGCCGGCAUCGAAGUCUAUGUUGUUGGUUUUAACACUGCCAGAGCGACUGAGCUGAGGUCUAUCGCCUCUGAUCCUGAUGAAGAUCAUGUGUACAUGAUCAAAGACUCUCAGUUGCUUCCAGAUAUCGUCGACAACCUCUCCAUCCACCUCUGUUUCAGCUCUGAGAACUCAGGUGCUCAGUGUGAAACCUCAGCCAAGGCUGACAUCGUGCUGCUGGUGGACGGCUCCUGGAGCAUCGGCCUUAUAUCCUUUCAAGAUGUCCUGUCCUUCAUCACUAACAUAGUCAGCACCUUUGACAUCGGCCCAGACAGAGUCCAGAUUGCUCUGGUUCAGUACAGUUACCAUCCAAGGACACAUUGGUACCUGAACACCCACCAGAGCAAAGAGGCCCUGCUGGAAAACGUAUCCAGGAUACAACUGCUAGGUGGAAAUACCUAUACAGGACAUGCUCUGAACUACACCCUCCAAAACAUCUUUCAACCAAAUGUGGGAAUGCGAGCAGACUCUGAAAAUAUUGUUGUCUUAAUCACUGAUGGACAAUCAACUGACGACGUGGAUUCUCCAACACAAGAGCUGAAGGACGCCGGCAUCGAAGUCUUUACUGUUGGUUUUAACACUGCCAGUGAGACAGACCUGAGGUCCAUCGCCUCUGAUCCUGAUCAAAAUCACGUGUUCAUUGUCGAAGACUCUCAGUUGCUCCGAGACAUCGUCAACAACUUCACCAUCAGCCUCUGUGACAGCAUUAAGAGCUCAGAAAGUGUCCGGUUGGUGGGAGGAUCCAGUCCAUGUGCAGGAGCUCUGGAGGUGAAACGAGGAGAAUGGAGACCAGUAUUUGGCUCUAACUGGACUCUGACAUCAGCAGAUGUCAUGUGUAGAGAGCUGGACUGUGGAUCUGCUGCUUCAACAGGACGGAGAAAUGAGUCCAACAGAGCUGCAUGGCAGAUCAGUCCUGACUGUGUGGAGUCUGGAUCUGCUCUGAGGGAGUGUUUGUCAUCAGGUUCCUCUUCUUCCAUCAUAAAGAUCACCUGCUCAGACUCUGUCGGGCUGGUGAAUGGGACUAGUCUGUGUUCAGGUGGACUGGAGGUGAAGUCUGAUCAGUCUAACCAGUCUAACCAGUCUAACCAGUGGUGGUCUUUAGUGUGUGAAGCCGGUUUUGACCAGCAGGAUGCAGAGGUGGUCUGCAGGGAGCUCGGCUGUGGGGCUCCUUCGGUCCUCUGGGGGGCGCUCUAUGGAGAAGUGGAGGCUCCGAUGUUGACCGAAGAGUUCCAGUGUGAAGGCAAUGAGUCUGCUCUCCUGGACUGUAGGAGCUCAGGCUCAGCUAGAAACACCUGCUCACCUGGAGAGGCUGUUGGACUCACCUGCUCAGAACCUGUCCGGUUGGUGGGAGGUUCCAGUCGCUGUGCAGGAGCUCUGGAGGUGAAACAGGGAGACUGGAGGCCGGUUUAUGACUCUAACUGGACUCUGACAUCAGCAGCUGUAGUCUGCAGAGAGCUGCACUGUGGAUCUGUUGUUUCAACAGGACUGAGAAAUGAUUCCACACUCAGAUCUACAUGGGAGAUCCGUCCUGACUGUGUCCAGUCUGGAUCUGCUCUGAGGGAGUGCGUAACUCCGAUGUGGUCGUCCUUCUUCCUGGAGGUUACCUGCUCAGGUCCAACAGUUUCUUACAUCGGUCUGGUCAGACUGGUCCUCCUGUCUCUGGCUCUGCUGCUGUUCAUCACUGCUCUCUGUGUCACACAUCAGACCACCAGGGGGCAGAAGCAGCCCAUGGAGCUGGAUGAUUAUAAGCUCGGUGUUCACAGAGCUGAAGAGGAAGGAGGUCAGGCAGCAGAGUAGGACCUCCCAAGAGCUCAUCAACCCUCCAUCAGCUCAUUACCCGUCCAUACACGCUAGCGUACCAUAUACUCGGCUAUAACAGUCUGUGUUGUAUUGUUGCAGCAGACUCGCCAUCUUUAUUUGUUUGGGGAUGAAUUUAAAAAUCCGUCUGGACUGACUGCAGUGGAUUCAGAUCACCUGUGUGCAGGUGUGGAGACAGACUGACUCCUAAUGAAUGAGUGGAAGCAGCUUGAGACAUUCCCCUCCCAGCCAAUCAGGGAGUGAUGACGCCCUUUUAUGAAAGCUUCAGAGAGGUGGGGGAUGGCACCCAGGCUGGACUCACUCUCAUUCUGACUCUGUCCCUGACACACUGCAGACCUGAUGGACCGUCAGCCAGGAACUCUGGACUGUUUAGGCCCCAUUGAGGUUUCUUUGCUGCCCAAUUUCAUUCUAGUUAAGGGAAGUUGUGUUUAUUCUUCAGCCCAGUUGAGUGACCACAAAGGUCACAGUCACAGUUCAGAUUGUCUGAACUGAAUCCUUUUAAAAAUCAAAGCCUCUGGACACCUUCAGUUUUAAACAUUUAUUUCAUUGGGGACCACAGAGCUUGUAAAAACACAUUUUCAGUUUGAUUCCCUGCAGAUGUACAAAUCUUUUGUUUGUAUUUUUAUGUGGGCUGGAGCUGGUUUGUCUGCAUUUUACUGCCAGUAUCACCACAUUGUUUCCAGUCAAACAGCUGUGCCUAAUACUGUCUGCCUCUGCUCAGUUCACUGUCAGAUCGUUACUAAAUAAAGAGCUGUAAAUGUUAGAUUGUGUCUGUCAUUCCCAUUUACAGGCUGAAGAGUUACUGACUGUGGGCCGUAAAGAAGGCUAUAAAACAACAGACUACAUUCAGAGCCAGAUGUUCAGUUGGCUACACGCCGUCUGGAGAAUAUAACUGACGAGUCGUAAAGAGGUUUUACCCUCAUUUUUGCAAUCCUGAAGUACUCUGACACGUUUAAUUCUUACUACGUAACGCAUUAGUAUAACAAGUUACUUUUUAAUGGCAGUAAUCUUGUAACGUAAAGUAACGUUGCCAACACUGCUCAACUCCAGCAGCACUGAAGAUACAUGGCAGGAGAUCCAGAACAUCACAGGCUGUAAAACCGCGAGCAUCCCAUCAGGUGUGAGGCCACGCUGCCUGAUGAAUGAACACAUUUUCUGUUCGCGUUGAUCUCAACAAAGCCUCAGCUGUGAAGUCUGCGCCGCCUCCGGAGGACCAGCCACCAUCAGUGACCCAACCGGAGUGAACAUAAAUAUAGCAGCUGGUCUGGAUUGACAAAUGCUUCUAUAAAUUUCCGGUCAGCUUAGACUUCCACAUAUUUCCCACUGCUGGAUACUGAUCUGCCGAUUCAGUUUCAACAAGUAAAAGUCUGACCAGCGGACAAAAUUCUGCUUCCAAUUUGUUGUGUUUUGUGCUGUGUUGUGACUUGUUUGGAUUUGUGACCUGACACUCGCCGUAGUUGUUGCCCAGAAAGAAAAUGGUGAAAGUAAAAGAAGACAUUUAUUACUACAAAAUAUUUAGAUUUAUAUUUAUUAUGACCAAAACUGUAGAUGAUUUCCAGCUCAUCAACACAAACAGCUUUUUAAAAAAAAAUGGGAGGGGGGUAUUUCCUCCAGACACCACACACAAAGCUCAGAUG